AUGUGAGAGAUGAGCCCCGGGGAAGUGAGUGUGUGAGCAGUGAGCCCGCGCUGCAGGCGAGCGCCCCGCCCUUCGCUGCAGGUGGGCCGGCCAGCAGGGUGGGCAGCGCUCGCAGCUCUUGGCUCGCGGCCGCGCCGGGCUCGCAGGGCUGGGCUGGGGCUGCGGGGCGGCGCCGGGACAGGAAGCGGAAAGCAGCAGUGCAGCUGCGGCGGCGGCGGGGCUCUGCCUCUCAGGGAGCCCAGCGCAGGCCGCAGAGCCGGGGCCGCCGGGAGCCGAGAGCGCUGGCCGCACAGCCCGCAGGGCGGCCGCGGAGAAAUUUGUUCCUGUUGAAGAGUGGCUCCUUGCUUCUCAGGCUCCCGAGGAUUUAGAAGUCUCGCAGGUGAAAUUCUCUACCUCGAAGGAGAAACAGUACCUGCUGUUUCAUCAAGGGCAAGCUGUCCAUUGCUAUGGAUACCGAAUCCACAUAUUCUGGAUAUUCUUACUAUUCAAGUCAUUCCAAAAAAUCUCAUAGACAAGGGGAAAGAAAUAGAGAGAGACACAAAUCACCCCGAAAUAAAGAUGGCAGGGGAUCAGAGAAAUCUGUCACCAUCCAAGCUCCCACUGGAGAGCCCCUGUUGGCAAAUGACUCCACCAGGACAGAGGAAGUUCAGGAUGACAACUGGGGAGAGACCACCACAGCCAUCACUGGCACCUCAGAGCACAGCAUAUCACAGGAGGACAUUGCCAGGAUCAGCAAGGACAUGGAGGACAGUGUGGGCCUGGACUGCAAACGCUACUUGGGCCUGACAGUGGCUGCCUUCCUGGGACUUCUAGUUUUCCUCACCCCCAUUGCCUUCAUUCUGCUGCCCCCCAUCCUGUGGCGGGAUGAGCUUGAUACCUGUGGCCCCAUCUGUGAGGGACUCUUUAUUUCCGUAGCAUUCAAGCUUCUCAUCCUGCUCAUUGGAACCUGGGCACUCUUCUUCCGCAAGCCCCGAGCCGACAUGCCACGGGUGUUUGUGUUCCGGGCCCUUCUGCUGGUCCUCAUCUUUCUUUUUGUGGUUUCCUAUUGGCUUUUUUAUGGGGUCCGCAUUCUGGACUCUCGGGACCGAAACUACCAGGGCAUUGUGCAGUAUGCAGUGUCCCUGGUGGAUGCGCUCCUGUUCAUCCACUACUUGGCCAUUGUCCUGCUGGAGCUCAGGCAGCUGCAGCCUAUGUUCACGCUGCAGGUGGUCCGCUCUACUGACGGCGAGUCUCGCUUCUAUAGCCUGGGACACCUAAGCAUCCAGCGGGCAGCAUUGGUGGUUCUGGAAAAUUACUAUAAAGAUUUUAGCAUCUAUAACCCCAACCUACUCACAGCCUCCAAAUUCAGGGCAGCUAAGCACAUGGCGGGACUGAAAGUCUACAAUGUUGACGGGCCCAGUAACAACGCCAUGGGUCAGUCCCAGGCAAUGAUUGCAGCUGCCGCACGACGCAGGGACUCCAGCCACAACGAGCUGUAUUAUGAGGAGGCUGAGCAUGAGCGACGGGUGAAGAAGCGGAGAGCAAGGCUGGUGGUUGCAGUGGAAGAAGCCUUCAUCCACAUUCAGCGUCUCCAGGCAGAAGAGCAGCAGAAAGCCCCAGGGGAGGUUAUGGACUCCAGGGAGGCUGCCCAGGCCAUCUUCCCCUCCAUGGCCCGGGCCCUGCAGAAGUACCUGCGCACCACGCGGCAGCAGCACUACCACAGCAUGGAGAGCAUCCUGCAGCAUCUGGCCUUCUGCAUCACCAACAGUAUGACUCCAAAGGCCUUCCUGGAACGUUACCUCAGCGCAGGCCCCACCCUGCAGUAUGACAAGGAGCGCUGGCUCUCCACACAGUGGAGACUUGUGAGUGAGGAGUCAGUGACAAAUGGACUGCGGGAUGGGAUCAUUUUUGUCCUGAAAUGCUUGGACUUCAGCCUUGUCGUCACUGUGAAGAAAAUCCCAUUCAUCGUACUCUCUGAAGAGUUUAUAGACCCCAAGUCCCACAAAUUCGUCCUUCGCUUACAAUCAGAGACGUCGGUUUGAAAAUGGCUUUAUAAAAAGAAAGAAAGAAUAUAUAGAUCUAUCUAUCUAUCUAUCUAUCUAUAUAUAUAUACCAGAGGGACAUCUUUUUUAUUUUUUUUUUUAUUUUUCAUUGCUGACUGACACUGGUAGAUUCUAGACCAGUAUCCUUAGACCAUCUGCACUUUAUUUGGAAGGAAGCAGGGGACAUCUGCCCUGGAAAAGAAGUGACUGAUGACACCAGAUUUUUGUGGAUGGGACUUCUCAAGAAACCAUUCCCUGCCCUUGCUGUGACAGCUGUAGACCAAAGCAGAGCUGAUGGUACUUGGGAGCCUCGCCUUACGACAACUCUUCCCCUGCCAUUCAUCCAGUCUUAUGUCCUCCUGUAACCUCUGGUUUACCCACUCUAGAAUUGUAGGGGACACAUCUCUCUGUUUCAGGAUACCAGGCCUGACAAGUGCACAUGUGUGUCUGUGUAUGUCAAUGUCCAAUGCCACAGGCCCUCCAGGAAAUGCCUGCCUUCAUCUUUGAUUCUUGGUUGCCUUAGGUUCUUCAGAGAAAGAUCACCCCAGAAGAUAUGCACUAUCCGUUUACAGCUCUUACUGCUUUGAUUAUUUUUGUUUUCCCAAAGAGAAAACACACCCGCCUGACUUCUUUCUCACUUGCUUCUCUACCAGCAUGAAGCAGGUGGCCUUCUCUCCCUGUGGCUGCCCACAAGGGCCCACUGCAUCCUGGCCUGCUUACCACACACCACACCUGCUAGCUGGCUGGCAGUCUGGCCAGGGAAGCCUAGUUGGCUUGCAAUGUGUGCCUGGAGCUCAGUACCGCCUAGGCAACUCACAGAUCAUUUCUAGAGGGAAAUAGGGCACCCUCCAAAUGGAUCACUGGGAGGAUAGACCAGCUAGAGUGGCUUCACCUGUACUGGCACUCAUGAGUGGAAGGCUGCCACUGUGACCCCAAGGUUGGCAGGCUUAGCAAGGAGCCACCUUAUUUCUCAGGGGAGAAGUCUUCCCAGAGCUUCCUGCAAGCUUCUUGUCCUGUAAGGGAGACCAAACAAAGCCCAGAGCAAUGACAACUACUAUUCCGUCCCUGGGGGUUUCUGACCACCAUCACUGUGCAACUCGUCACCUCUGCCACUUACUAGCAGAGAAGGGGCUUGUUUCGCCCUGGGGUUGACAUGACUUACAGUUAUUGGCAAAAUGAGAAGCAGGGAAACAGAUGAAUUACAGAGUUUGGAAAAGGAGGUGUGGUGAGCCAAUCUUACUAUCCAGAGACUCAUUGAUGAGCUGUUGCUUCAGCACUGCUGGUUUCAUGGGGCUACUCCUAGCCUGGGUGGCAGUGGGCUUCCCUGCAGCCUGGCAUCUGGCUGUGGAUGUCCAGGGGUAAUCCUGCUUCAGGGCUGCUUCUUAUGGAGCAGUGGGCUGCCUGUGCCUCUAUUUGCCUUCCUUUAGCUGCAACAGACCUGGGAAAUAUUCACUCUUGCUUUUCCUAGUCAUUUAGGGCAACUGCACCCCUCCCAUUGCUUUAAUAAAGUAUGACACUGUCAAAAUGCUGCGUGUGUGUGUAUGUGUGUGUGUGUGUGUGUGUGUGUGUGUGUGUUAAGUAUGCAUGACACAUACUUGUACCUUUACUUAGUUUGCUAUCAGCAUGCCACAAGUGGUGCAGCAUUUGUUCAUCAUUUUUAAAAAUUUGAAUUGAUUUUGGAUAUUUUUCAUACACAUGUUUAUGAAAUGUAAACAGCAUUCUUGAAUCUCCCCCCUUAAAAAGAAGAUGUGUUGGAAGAGAAUAGAGGAAAAAAAAAACAGUCAGGGGGCAGGAGCGUAGCCUGGAGCCUGAGAUGUGCUAUUUAACUAUAGGUUCUGUUUAUGAAAAACACGUACUGUGUAACCAUGGUGCUUUAGUUUUUGUUUUUGGCUUUUGCCUGUAAGUCUCUUCUAACUGAACACUCCUUAUAAUGGUGUUUUUCUCAGGAAAUAGAUUUUGGAAGAUGGGGCAAGAGGUGGUGAAUGUGUGUGACUUUUGGCUGCAGAAUGUUUAUCAAAUCAGAGACUUUAUAAAUGUAUCAGAAGCUGCUGCUGAGGAACCGCAAUUGCUGGAAGUGCCACAGUGUACAUGUGUACAAUGCAAGAUGACAGGAUGCACGGGUACGCCUAGAUACUGUGCUUCCAGCCUAAUCUUAUAAUACCAGCUCAGAGAGGGUUAAGUGGGAUUCAUUGCUUUGGCGUGUGCAUUCCCAGCAGAGCGCAGAAAGACUUAAAGUGAGGCAUUUAUUUUUACUCUGCCUUUUUCUCUCCCUCUCCCAUUCUUUGCAUUGGAGAAUGUCAGACUUUCUGAAGUUACUGUUUCUGUUUUAAAUUUAAAUCUGAUUUUUUAUACUAACUUUAUACUGUCUUUUAAAAGAAUAACAAAAUAAAAUACAAGAUUUUUGUUGAAAGCCUUGGCACUUUCAAGCUUUUUUUUUUUAAUUCCUUUAUUGGGGGAAUUAAUGUUUUACAUUCGAUAGUAAAUACAAUAGUUUGUACAUGCAUAACAUUUCUCAGUUUUCCACAUAACAAUACAACCCCCACUAGGUCCUCUGUCAUCCUUUUUGGACCUGUACUCUGCCCCCCACCCACCCCUGAGUCUUUUACUUGGGUGCAAUAUGCCAACUCCAGUUCAGGUUCUACUUGUGUUUUCUCUUCUGAUCUUGCCAAACUCUUAAUAGCUCGAGUUACUGCUGCAGUGGGGACAAUGUAAAUGGCAGUAAGGACUUUAAGCUUCAGAAAUCUGUGUCACAAUUCAGCACAAUGCAUUUUUAUUUGAGUUCUUGGAACCAAUAGACUACGCUUUUUAAAAUGGGAUAAACUGUGCUCCACAGAGAGUACACUACAUAGUAAGUUCACAAUAGAGGAGACCGACGUUCAUUUGCCUGAAGUGUUCUAGACUUUCUAUAACUUUCAGCCUAUGUUAUUAAAAUGUGAAUGUUGACUGUUGACAGAGGAGAACAAAAUGAGGACUGCGUGUCUGAGUAUGCUUUCUUCCCUGCUGAUGUUUUAGCUAGAAGACAACUUUUGUCCCUAAGCAUGUACUCUUAAGGAUAAUAACAAUUUUCAUUGUCCAUGAACUUGAGGCCUACGUUCAUGGAAUUGGAAGGGGUUUUGACAUUUAUCUACUCUUCACAUGAGCAGUGAAGUCAAAACAGUACUUUUUGCUAAAUUCACAAAAUAAGUCCUGGAGAAAAAUGCUUGACCAGUUGUGUGGGUGUAUGUGUUUUUGUUACUGUUUGUUUUAUUUUGGUUUUCCUAAUCAGCAGUCAUCCUCUCCCCCUCUUUAUAUCCUUUUCAAAUUUAUGAAUAGCACAAAUUUUGUAUGACAGAGACUGAUUGUGUGUGUGUGUGUGUGUGUGUGUGUGUGUGUGUGUGUGUGUGUGUGUGUGUGUUAUUGCAGAGCUUAAAGCUCUUCGGUGGAUCAUUUGUGGCUUUACAGAUCUGGAAUUAUAAUGAGAGGCUCACUUUCCCCUCACUUCAUAGUGGUAGUCCAGUUCUCUGCAUUCUUUUUUCUUUUUGUCUCCAGGGUUAUUGCUGGGGCUCGGUGCCUGCACAAUGAAUCCACUGCUCCUGGAGUCUACUUUUUCCCUUUUUUUUUUUUUAUCGUUGUUGUGGUUAUUACUGUUGUUGUCAUUGAUGUCAUUGUUGGAUAGGAUAGAGAGAAAUGGAGAGAGAUGGGGAAACGGAAGAGAAAGACACCUGCAGACUUGCUUCACCACUUGUGAAGUGACCCCCCUGCAGGUGGGGAGCCGGGGGCUCGGACAGGGAUCCUUAUGAUGGUCCUUGCACUUUGUGCCUCGUGCGCUUAACUUGCUGCACUACCGCCCGACCCCCCCACCCCAGUUCUCUCAUUCUUGCAUCUCCUUUUCACUUUUGAAUGUGUGUGUUUAGAUGCUGCUCCAAUGCCGUGAUGAGUCUACUGAGGUGAUAGAAAUGGAUUACCCUGUCUCCCUCCCUCAGCCCCUGCAAGAGUAAGCAUUCCAGGCACUUAGCAAACCAAGCAAAAUCAGGUUCUGGGUUUCUUCUCUCUUUAGGUCUUGCUAGACAAGAGUCCCUAGACAGGGACACAGACUUGUUUGUGGGUGUGUGUUUCCACAUAGGUAAACAUUUUUGCUGAGUGUAUAUUAACAAAAUUUGAUAAGUCAGGUGGCUAAACAGCUGUGUUGUUUGUAGCAGGUGGGCGUGCAUCUCAGCAGAUAGCUGGUGCAUGAUUAUAUGGACAACUGUGUGAUGGUGUAUGUGUCUCCUUGGAUGCAUGCUCUAUGUUUAGAGGAUUUCCUGAUGAUGUCCACUUGUGGGAUUACUCUAACAUCUCCCUCCCCUCCUUUAUCCCUUCCCCUCAUUUACAAGGACUUCUCCCUGAGAGUAAAUGGCUUUAGCACAAAUGUUUUUUGGAGGGGCUACUGUCCUGCAGACAAGUCCAUUGACAUUUUCCUGAUACCAGAAAACAAGAAAAGUCAAACUCUAUGACAGUUACUCCUCCACCCUAUAAGCCUUACUCUGAACUUCUCAAUACAACUUAAAAUUUGAGAUACAUGAAUAUGCAUUAAUUACAGAAAGUAGCACAGAAUAUGUUAAUAUUAAAAUAGCCCUACAGCAGCCUGACCCUGCAAUUGUAAAUUGAUGUAAGUAUUUCUGGGUAGCUUUUGUACUUUAUGGAUCUUGUUAUAAAAAAAUAAAUCAUUACUGUGAAUUUACUACUAAGUAACCUUGUGGUCAUGUUCUAUUACAAAUAAAAUAUGAUUGGUUCUUAAGCCCAUAGUACAGUUCUUGAAUGGCCUUCACUACUGUAGUGAAAAGAGCUAGUACAGAGCUUUAGAAAUAGCACAUUCAGCUUUUGUAACUAAGUAAAUUCUCAGUUACGAUUUCAUGUUAGAUUUUGUUUGUUUUUGUUUUUUUAUCAGAGCACUGCUUAGCUCUGUUUUAUGGUGGUCCAGGGAACUGAACCUGGGACCUGAGAGCCUCAGGAAUGAAUCUAUUUAUAGAAGCAUUAGGCUAUCUUCUCACCCAGGUCAUUUUUUUUGUUUCCAGGGUUAUUACUGGGGCUCAGUGUGGAUUCUUAGAGUGGGCACUAAGAAUCCAUGGCUCUCAAUGGCCUUUUUUCCCCCCUCCUCUCCUUCCCUCUCCUCCUUUUCCUUCCCCGCCCCUCCCUUCCCCUCUCCUUUCUUUUCUUUCUUUCUCUUCUUUUUUUCUUCUGUAAGACAGAGAAGAAUGAGAGGGGCUUGGGAGAACUUGAGAGGGAAAGAGAAAAAUAGCCAAUUGUAGAUCUGCUUUACCUUGCUGCAGGAGAGGGUGGCUUAAACCCAGGUCCUUGUGUAAGUGCUAUGUGCACAUAACUGAGUGGACCCCCAGGUCACUUUUUUUUCUACCAAACAUUUAUGUCAAAGAAGGGAGAGAAGGCUACAUAAGUUCUACAAUGUGAAUUCUUUAGAGCUGGCUCACUUUUACAAGUAAGAAAAGGCAUGGUCAGAGGAGAACAUGCUCAAGUCUCAUGGCUGAUUACAGACUUUCAAACCCAGUGUUUGAUUCUAAUCCCAUCUCGUUGUACCUAAAGGUUUGAUCAGAAUGUUGUGGGGGACCAACCUUGGGGCAUUAAUCUUGCACUGCACUUGGAGGGAUUUGUUGGAAGUAGAAUUGCUGUUUUCCUUUCACUUUGCGUUUGCACUGGAGGUGUGGGCUCACUGUGCUGGCAGGUGUUUAGCACUUUCCAGUAGAGAGAAUCUGAGGCUCUCUCUCCCAUAGGUAAACUUGCCCUGCUAGUGUUGCACCUGCUGUGAGAUAAAGAUGGUGCUUGUGCAGUCUCCCAUGGCCUUGGUCAUUCCCGUACUCAGUCCCCACCUUGCUGACUUGGGCAGGUAGGCACCAUGGCCCUGGGGUGCAGGAAGGUAUGCAGGAGUUGUCCUGCCUGCUUCCUGAGCUGCUUGUUUGGGAUCAGGACACAUCUGCAAAGUUCAGAUGAGAAACAGACAAUUAUUGAAUUAGGUUGCAGGAUUUGUAGGAUUUGCAGGAAUGGGUAUCUGACACCCUAUCUUAUUUCUACCUAAUUAUUUUGCCCAGAAAAAUAGUCUUUUUUUUCAUGGGUGAUUUAAGAGUGUUCCUUCCCCUCCCCCCCCAUUAAAACAGAUUUCUUACUCCAAAACAGCUCAGUGAAGGGUUAGUCCUGAUAAUGGUGCUAAGAGACUACAAUUUAUAUGUCUCUCAACUUGAAAACAUCAGUGUUUUGUCCUUGUCUUAGUGGAAUAAAAAUGUUCUUAAACUCUGAGUACAGAGAGGACAAGCCCCCAUGAUAAGGGUGUUUAUGAUAAGGGUGUUUUUGGCCCUUCCUUAGGCACUGAAGUACUUGGAUAAGAAGUAUUUGAAUGUACAGUUGUCUGUAUUCACUUAGAUUUAGCUGAGCUUUCCCUUGUGGGCAUGAGCUUUCCUUCUGAGGAAGUCAUCACUUAGGAGGUUGUAAGCUCCUCAAAAGCCAUCAGCCUCAGAAAGCUUCACCCCUGAGCUCCAGAGCUGCUGCUCAGAGAAUCAGUAACAACAUGUGAUCCACAGGUGAUGAAUCUAGUUCCACUCUCUGCAGUGAAUAUAGAGUUUCACAUCAAUCACCUCCAUUCUGGGGGCCAGUUUUGAGGCUGCAAUUGUAUAUUUGCCAGUGGCCCCUCUGUUGUGGAAAUAAUGGAAUAUCCACAGGAUAUUUUUUAAUUUUUAUUUUGAGGAACAUAAAAUCUAACCAUUGGUGUUUAUAUAUAUAAUGAGUUCACAUAAACUUUUAACAAAGUCCUCUGGGAUCCUGAUAUCACAGGACUAACCAAAUUUGACUUCCAGGCAAUUGUGUAUGACUGUUGACUAUUGAUUGGGGCAGAGGAAGAGGAGGAAGAAUCCAGCUUGAAUGAGGUCAAAGAGGAGGAAGAGGACUUACUGCUAGGAUCAGGUCAGGACCAUACCAGCUCACUUGGGUAUAGCCUUGCCAAUGACCACUUCCUUAGCAAAGAUAUUAGGAAAGGCCACUGGGCCAAUUCUUAUUCAAGAGGCUGUUAUUUGAGCAUUGCUUCUGUGUUGAAGGAACUGGAUCUUAGACUUCAGCAUCAACAUAGAAAGUUCAGUGACAUGACCAUCCAAUUCUAUCUUCUGGGACCAUAAGCAUUUAUGCAAAGAUGUAGAGGUCUUUUGUGUUUUCUCUUGUCAUAUUUGGUAUAUAUUAUAACCAGGAGUAGUAGUUUUAUUGACCAGUCUCUACUCAGUGUGUGUGUGUGUGUGUGUGUGUGUGUGUGUAUAUGUGUGUGUGUGUAUGUGUGUGUGUGUGUCUGUCUGUCUGAGGGUGAUUCCCUACAUAAACUGACUGGUGUUAUGUUGGACAAUUAGCAAUACAGAGGAAGGACUUAUUUACCAGCAACUAUCUGCACAAGCACAUUUACAUACAUUCAUAGGAUGUGUGCUUUGGAACCUCAUUGUAACACCAAUGACAAUGGCCAUCUGUGAGGGACAUAUUAUACCCAGUGUUCAAGUUACUUUGUUCACUUUGGGGUUCCCUUCCUAUUGAACUGUAAAACAUUUUACAGUUUUGUUACAAUUUUUAUACUGUAAAACUUGGAAAAUAAACUGAAAUCCCAAAUUGCC